CUAGGAACCGCAGCAGCGCAUUGGGGCGGAACUAACAGUCCCAGGUCUCGCUGUGUCCAGUGGGCGGACUGAUUAUAUGUAACAGUGGCGGCCCUGCAGCAUGAGAUGAAUGCCAAGAGAGAAGAAUUGGCCGCAGAUACGCCGGUGGCACAUGUAAUCAUCGCGGUUAUGUAAGAGCUCCGGGCCGGCUUUGCUGUGAUCAGCAAUUCCACGCAAACAUGUCGGAAGGGCUUUAUGAGAAGUUCCUGGCCCCGGACGAGCCUUUUCCCUUGCUGUCCCAGAGGGGCAGUGUGAGCGAGGAGGGCUGCUUGGAUGUCAGUGAUUUCGGCUGCCAGCUCUCCUCCUGCCACCGGACUGACCCCCGGCUGCACCGCUUCCAUUCCAACAGGUGGAAUCUAACAUCUUGUGGGACGAGUGUUGCAAGCUCUGAAUGCAGUGAGGAAUUAUUUUCCUCUGUCUCAGUUGGAGACCAAGAUGACUGCUAUUCCCUUCUGGAUGACCAAGAUUUCACAUCGUUUGACUUGUUCCCAGAAGGCAGUGUGUGCAGUGAUGUUUCUUCCUCUAUUAGUACUUACUGGGACUGGUCUGACAGUGAAUUUGAAUGGCAGUUGCCAGGCAGUGAUAUUGCAAGUGGGAGUGAUGUGCUGUCAGAUAUCAUACCCAGCAUACCCAACUCCCCAUGCCUCCCAUCCAAAAAGAAGAAUAAGCACCGGAACCUGGAUGAGCUUCCAUGGAGUGCAAUGACAAAUGACGAACAGGUUGAAUAUAUUGAAUAUCUCAGUCGUAAGGUCAGCACAGAGAUGGGACUUCGUGAGCAACUAGACAUCAUUAAGAUUAUUGAUCCCACUGCACAGAUUUCUCCUACUGACAGUGAAUUUAUUAUUGAACUCAAUUGUCUCACUGAUGAAAAACUGAAGCAGGUAAGGAGCUAUAUCAAAGAGCACAGUCCUCGACAACGCUGUACACGAGAGAGCUGGAAAAGAACCAGCUACAGCACAGCAAGCACUAGUGGAGUGAGCGGAGCCAGUGUGAGCAGCAGCAGUGCAAGUAUGGUCAGUACAGCCAGUAGCACCGGGUCUAGUGGUGGUAAUUCUGCUUCAAAUUCCAGUGCCAAUAUGAGCCGAACACACAGCGAUAACAAUUUGUCUGCAAGUGCAGCAGAGAGAAUUCGAGAUUCGAAGAAACGUUCUAAACAGCGGAAGCUGCAGCAGAAAGCCCUGCGCAAAAGACAGCUGAAAGAACAGAGGCAAGCCAGAAAGGAAAGAAUUAGUGGCUUAUUCCUUAACGAGGAAGUGCUCUCAGUGAAAGUGAAUGAAGAAGACCAUGAAGGAGAUGUUGAUGUGCUCAUGUGACGGGGGUGAACCCAACAGUGUUCUUCCUAAGUCUUUUUAGGGCAGGAUGCCAGAGAGAAAUCUUGAUCAGGCUUUGAAUAUAACAGGCAGAAAUAUUGACAAUGCCCCUUCUGUAAUGACGGGUCAUGCAGUACUAGAUUAAUGCAUCUGUCCCAGAAGGCCAGUCCAUUGAUAACCUGAGCCCUCAGCAGUGUUAGAUUGCCUUAUGUAAUGUAAAGUUUUCUCCAUUACACAAGAAUAUGUAUUAAACGUUUAAAAGGUAGCAUAUAAUAAUAUUUGCAUGAUAACCUGCAAGAAGAGGUUGGAAUAGUUUGGGAUUUUGUGUUACUUUUUUAUGUUUUGAUUGUUCCGCCUACUAAAUCGAAUGUACACAAAACCAGUUAAACAUUAAGCAUUUACCAAAACUUUAAUUUAAUUCCCUUUUCUUAAAUCACAUUUAAAAAUAAUUUUUGAUUUCCAGUGACUGAUUCAGCUGUGUGCUGUGGUAGAACGAGAUAAAGCCUUAUACUUUUAAUAGGAGAUGGUGUAUUUGCAAAGUAUAAUUUUCUUAAAGCCAGAAUUAGUGUCCAGUCCACUAAAUAGGUUUAAAGAUGGCUGUAUUCAUUACUCUUUUUGCAACCAUUCAUUUAUUGAACUCUUGUCGUGCUUUAUUUAUGAACUCUUAAAUAGGUGCCUUUAAAACGCUAAUUAAAAAAAACCCAAAAUAAGCAAAAGCUUUGAAUCCCAGGUCUAUGACUACCUAUUGAUUAAACAUCACCCUGUAACUUACCUGAUCCAGACAUGCAAACUUUACACUCUAGUCCUCUUUGCUGUUUAACAUUGUUAAUACACAAUGCUGUGCUCAGGUUUUAAUGUAUUCUAUGCACUGGAUCUAAGAACUUGAAAACAAGAUGCUCUAUUUUACCAGACCGGACCAGCAUAUUUACAUUUACUGCACGUUCAGUUGAUCAAUAUAGUGUUAUUUUGAUGAUACUCAGGAAUAAAUCAGUAUCAGACUUAUGAAGAACACUGUUAA